AUCACUGCACUCCAGCCUGGGCAACAGAGCAAGACUGUCUCAAGAAAAGAGAAAAAAGAAAAAAGCCUUUCUGAAGCAGAGGACCUAGUGUGUGCAGGGUUGAGCACUGCACCUCAGCAAGGAGCAGAGCUGGUAAGGCUCAUACCCCCUGCCCUUGCAAACCCUCAGUUUCCCAACAUGUGAAAGGAUAGUGUUGGGUGCUGUGGUAUCAGAAGUUCAGUUCAGCUCUCACUUUCUAGGAUGCUUGGAAUGCCUGAAUCUACCUGUUGAAGACAGCCUUUAACCCCAGGCAUGAGCAGCCCUGAGCUCAGCCAUGCUGUCGGGGAGAGAGGACAAAGAGGGAAGCUAUACCCUGGUGAAUGGGGCACUUUCAAACUAGAUGGAGAACCUGGUAGUGGGAAAAUGCAUCAGAAUCUCUGUUUCUAGGUAUACUAUUUGUGAGCCAACUCUAGCCCUCCAUUUUACAAGUGGGAAAACUGGCUCUGAGAGACAAUAUCACUUGCCCCAAACCCUAUAUGGAUUUAGGCCUGGGUGGAGUUGAGCGAGCGAGGAAAGAGUGAUGGGAGAUGAAGUUGCAGAGUAGUGGGAUGGAGGACAGAUUGUGGUAAAAGCCAGGUGUGAUGGGAGUCACUGGGGUUUAAGAACAGGCAGAGCUGUGACCUGCUUUACAUUCUGUAGAGACUUCCCCAGCUAUGGUGUGGACCACAGACUGGAGAAGGUAGAGAAAGACGGAGUAGUUAGGAGGCUAUAUCUUGGUAGCCAGGAGAGAGAAGAUAGUGACUGGAACCAAGGACCAAGUGGAGAAGGGGAGCACCUGGUCAGAUUCUGGACAUAUUUUGCAGGUAGGGCUGACAGGAGGCCCCCAAGGUGGUUUUUGGUUUGAGCAGCUGCUGGGUGGAUGGUGUUCCCAUUGGUUGAAAUGGAAAAUUGGAGAGAGUGGCACUGGCUGGAGUAGGAAGAGAAUCAAAAAUCCAGUUAGGGAUGUAUGACAUUUGAAGGCACCCAGGGUGAGAUAUUGAGUAGGCAACUGGAUACGCCAGUCUAGGGUUCAAUAAAGAGGUCCAAGGUGGAGGUAUAAAUUUAGAAACCGUGGGGAUACAGAUGGUAUUUAAAGCCAGGAGACCAGAUGAGAUCACCUAGGCAUGAGUGUAACCUGUAGCCUGAAUGUACUAUGGCAUGCUCCAACAUCUGGAGGCCAAGAGAGAAGACUGGAGGGCAGAGGCAAAUCAGAAGAGGGUAAUGUCUAGGAAGGAAUGUGAUUCCAAUGGAAACCUGCCACCAGGAGGUUGGAGAAGGUGAUGACUAAGAAUGGACUAUUGGAUUUCACAGUGGGAAGGUCACUGGUGCCCUUGACAAGAGGGAUUCCAGUGGAGAAAAAGGACAUGCACCUGGUUAAGGAGGGUUCGAGAGAGAGUGGGAGGAGAGGAGGUGUGGCAAGUAGAGACAUCUAUUUUGUGGGGAUUGCUAUAAAAUGGGACCGAAAAUGGUGUGGUGGUCCAUGCAGAAUGUGGGUCAAUCAAGGGAGGGCUUUUAAAGAAGGGGGGUAUCUUUGCAGGCUGGUGAAAAUGAUCCAGUAGAGAGGGGAUGCCAGAUGAUGUAGAUGAGCAAGGGGAUUGCAGGAGCAAAGCCCUUGAGCUGGCCCAAGAGGUUGGGAAUCCAGUGCCAAGGGGGAGCGUCAACCUGAAGAGCAGGGAAGGCAGAAUUUCAGGUGGAGAUGGAGGUAGAUUGAUAGAGUUGAUGAUGAAAGAGAAAGGAAUUUCUCUUCUGAUUGCUUCUAUUUUCUCAGUGAAGUAAGAAGCUGGAUCAUCAGCUGAGAACAGAGUCGGGAGGCACAUCUGAGGUUUCAGAGAGAGGAAGAACUUUUCAUGUCAGAGCCGAGGAGGUUGCACUGACUUGGGAAUGGAGUAAGAUUGCCAGGCUGGGCCCUGGGGUGCCCUGUGGGUGGGAAGCAGUAAUCCACGGGGUCCUGAGGCUGAGUGUCACAGGAAGGAAGGUGGCUUCGGGCAGGAGAGGAUAUAGCGUCUGCCUGAGCCUUUCCUAGCUCCCCAGCCUGGAGCCUGGGCAAGACAAUGUCACCACAGAGGCAGCCCCAGAUCCCAGGAAGUCAUUGCCCUGGCCCAAGCUUUGGCUCAAGCUGUGUCUCUAGAAGAUGCCCUGAGUGACCUCAGGCCCUUAAGCAGUCCUUCUGCCCUGUCUCCUGGGAGAAUCCUGGUUUCAUUCCCAAACCACUUCUUCCACUGGGAGUCACAAAGCAGGUGUGCCUUCCUCGCCAAAACCUGCUUGCCUUCGCUGUGUGCCAGGGCCAGGGCUGACAAGGCAGAACUCAGCCUCAGAAGCUCAGACACUCUCCAUGUUUCCAAGCACCUCAUAGAAAUGGCACAUCCACUUCCCAAAGGGCUGUGUGACCUAUUGGCACAUCAGCUGUUGGGCCCUUGGCUGGCCUGGCCUGGCAGCUUCGAUUGACGGGGAUUCUGGCUUGUGAAAACCAGUUAAUUACUGCGUUUGAAAUGCAUUCUCUUAGCGAUGCAAUGGUUCAGUAACAAGGGAUUCUAGGAUAAUCAAAGGAGACUUGAGUGAAGGGAAACAUUCCAUUCAGUGAAAUCCUCCAUCUGACCUCUAUUACACAGAUGGAGAAACUGAGGCUCAGAGAACCUCACACUUGUCCAAAGUUAUAGACUGAAUCAGAAGCAAUGCUGAGACUAAAACCAAGUCUCUCAACUCCAAACCAUGGGAUGGAUGGGAGAGGCAUGCCGAGUCUGAUAUUUCUGCUGGGGUGAUCCUCCACCCCACUGAUUUAGAGGCUGGCUGUGGGAGGGUCUGGGACAGGGUGCUGGGAAGCCUGCCAGGCUCAGCUUGCAGCCCUCCAGCCAGAGCUCUUCCUGUGGCCCCACUCACAGAAGGGCAUUACCUGCUAGUUAGCACAGCCUCCCACCUCCUGGGGUUGUUAUGGAAACCAAACCUGGAGGGGAAGGGAGGAGGGUGGCAAUUCCUGCAGUCACUAACGGCGUGGGCUUCACCAUCUCAAGAUAAGGGUGGGCAGGAAGAAGGCUUCCCUGCACUGGGGCUGGUGAUGGGAUAGGAUUCUCACCCACCACCCUUUGCUCUUUCUGCCCCUGUCUGUUGUCCAGCUGUCUGCCCCUGGCCAGCAGCUUAGCCAUCACUGAAGGAGCAGACUGGCUUGGAGGAGAGUUUUGCCAGCCUGAGAGGGGCAAUGCUCUGUCUGCUCACGUGACCCCACACUUGCCACCUCUGCAACUGGCCCUGUGUCAUACCAAGCAUUCCUCCUGCCCUGCCACACUCAGAGGACCCAAAAGAGGCCUCGGUGGGGAUCUGGGUGGAAUAAGAGAGGCAAUAGCCCACCAUGUCACCAACAUGGUCCCAGACAUUCCACACCCUUACCCUGCAAGUCCUCUUUUAAGACUUCCCCUAACUCAUGAUUGCUCUCCCAGACAGACACACGGCCACCAGCUGCACUCCUAUUUCCAGCCACUCAGCUGGCUUUGCAAGCCUGCCAGGAGCACAGAUAUGGUCCUCCCUUAUUCUGUCACUAAGCUGUCCUUGUCACCUUGGGACACCAGCUGCCUAGAAGGCAGACAAUGAAUGGAGGCCAAGCACUGUCUGUGCUGGGGACACUGUGCUGGGGGCAGGUUCCACCCCAGGACAGGCAAAGAUAGGCAGAAUCUAAGCUAGAGAUAGGCAGAGUUUUCAAUGGAGACACCAGGGGACAGACUGGGUCUGUAAGGGACAGGAGGGAAGCAAGGACGGUUGGUUCCCUCUCUGACCUGCACAGUAUUCCACUCACUCCCUGUAAUUAGAAGAGACAGCCUUGAAACCAGUAUCCUGGGCAAGGGGAGCUGCUGUCCCCAGGCACAGUUGGUAGAACAGCAACCAAAAAAGGAGCCCAGAGCCUCCAGCAGGCCAGAGCCGUGGUUUCCAUGGGAUGGCAAUGUCAGCAAUAUCCCAGGCUCAGCCAGAAAGUCCUGUGGCAGCACCAUGUCUGGAGAGAGACCAAGAGAAGAAUGUGGGACAGAGGCCUUAGGGUCUGAGCCAUCAUGGAGAAUGGAAUAGCUCUCAGAAAUUGAGAGGGACCUUGGAUCAAAUUAGCAGGUGUAUGUGGACCAAAACAAGCACGGUGACUUCUGCUCCCCAGCAGACGAUGGGACUGCAUCUGACUGCCACACUGGAGAAAGAUGUACAUGCUGAAGUGAAUACAGGAGAUGGAAUGGAAACCACACCACAGAAAGGGUCUGGUGUCGCCAGAGGAAAGCAAGCUUUGGGAAUGUGUCUGCUGACAUCAUCUGUGUAGGGCUUUGUGAGUAAGGAAAGAUCAGCGUGGUGCAUAGGGCCAUGUGAAGAUGGAGGGGCUCCUCCAGUGGACGUAGAGAAAUCUGCUGUCAACCCAGUGUCAGUUAGAGCUGGACCUAUGGACCCCAGGGCAUUAAGCCCCUUGACGCAGCUGGCCAAGUUCUUUCCUGUAGAUAUUCAAAGCCUGAAGGGGAAUUGGGAAGCUGGGAGCAGACUGGAAGGGCCUGGAGGUCCAGACUGCCCAGCAGAGUGAGUCUGGCAACAGUGCCAGCCCACCCUUGCACUCACCCAGAGCCACAGGGCUGACGUCCUAUGUCUGACAUCACUCAGACACCUGCGUCAGACGCACUUGGUUAAACAUCAGACAUCCCGAGUCCAGUGUCCUUUGUUAAACACCAGACACCUUCGGUUAAAUGUCACACACCCUGGAUGCAAAGCCUUUGAUUAAAUGUCACAAGUCACUUGCCACUGUCCCGAUGGCCUUGGUUACACACUGUCCAUGGUCCUCGUGGUCAUGUGGCCCAUCUACUGCAUGUUCUCAUGCUCUGGUGCUUGGGCAGGUCCCUGCCCGCCAGCGACCACCUUCUUUCUCCUGUCCCUGUGGAGGCCAUGGAUCAGCAACUGUCCAAGUUCCAGGAGGGGGCCCACAGCCGCUCACCCUGUUGAGCCUCGCUCGGACCCAAGUAGGACAGACCCCAGGAAGGGCAUCUUGCCUCUGGAGGCCAGUCCUCCGGUGGAGACCCAGAGCCAUCCCUGGAAGAUACCAAGGGUCUGGGGGUGGGACCAGUAGACUUGUUGGGAAGGCACUCCACUGCCUUGGGGCCCCUCAUCCUGCCCUUUUCUCUUCUUGGGUUGCUCCUUGCCUGUGAGUAGUUGAAGAACUCAGGCAACCUCUCUUCCCAUCUUCCAGCGCCUCUGUCUUGGGAACUCUGUUUUUUCCAAUGAGUAUUCAGGCCACCUCCGCCUCGUGACUUCAGGGACUUCUGAGCCAGGCACAAGCUGAUCAACAGAUGGAGGUUCCACAGAAGAUGUAGACCAAAACUAGGACCAGAAACGCACUUGCUUCCUGUAUCACCUGACCUGAGCCUCUUGGAAAACAGGCUUCUCUCUUCACUCUGAUGUGUCCCCAGCCCCAGACCCCACAUGUGGCUUCAUGUCAUGGAUCCCAGUGGUGUGGAGACAGUGGCAAAGUGGUUGCCUCCUAGCACCGGUUAUCCAUGGCACCAUCACCAAGAGAGUCGCCGGGAAGCUUGCCGUGUGGACAUCCUUACGGCACUGAAGCUGAAGUCCUGUGUUAGGAGGGUUAAAAUCCAGAAGAAAACCUGAGGGAGGUCCUGGGCUAUCCACAGCACUGCCCCCCCACCAUGGGAGGGGGCCAAGGGAGAGGGCUGGUCGGGGAGGGCAGGCGGAGGUUCUGCUUUGUAAUUCCCAAUAACUGUGGUUUGAUUCUGCAGAUACACAACUGAAUUUGUGGACCUGGGCAAUGUCUCAGCCUUACGCACCUUCCGAGUCCUCCGGGCCCUGAAAACUAUAUCAGUCAUUUCAGGGCUGAAGACCAUCGUGGGGGCCCUGAUUCAGUCUGUGAAGAAGCUGGCUGAUGUGAUGGUCCUCACGGUCUUCUGCCUCAGUGUCUUUGCCCUCAUCGGCCUGCAGCUCUUCAUGGGCAACCUAAGGCACAAGUGCGUGCGCAACUUCACAGCGCUCAACGGCACCAACGGCUCCGUGGAGGCCGAUGGCUUGGUGUGGGAGUCCCUGGACCUUUACCUCAGUGAUCCAGAAAAUUACCUGCUCAAGAACGGCACCUCCGACGUGUUGCUGUGUGGGAACAGCUCUGACGCUGGGACAUGUCCCGAGGGCUACCGGUGCCUAAAGGCAGGCGAGAACCCUGACCACGGCUACACCAGCUUCGAUUCCUUUGCCUGGGCCUUUCUUGCACUCUUCCGCCUGAUGACGCAGGACUGCUGGGAGCGCCUCUAUCAGCAGACCCUCAGGUCUGCAGGGAAGAUCUACAUGAUCUUCUUCAUGCUUGUCAUCUUCCUGGGGUCCUUCUACCUGGUGAACCUGAUCCUGGCCGUGGUCGCCAUGGCCUAUGAGGAGCAAAACCAAGCCACCAUCGCUGAGACCGAGGCGAAGGAAAAGCGCUUCCAGGAGGCCAUGGAAAUGCUCAAGAAAGAACACGAGGCCCUUACCAUCAGGGGUGUGGAUACCGUGUCCCGUAGCUCCUUGGAGAUGUCCCCUUUGGCCCCAGUAAACAGCCAUGAGAGAAGAAGCAAGAGGAGAAAACGGAUGUCUUCAGGAACUGAGGAGUGUGGGGAGGACAGGCUCCCCAAGUCUGACUCAGAAGAUGGUCCCAGAGCAGUGAAUCAUCUCAGCCUCACCCACGGCCUCAGCAGGACUUCUGUGAAGCCACGUUCCAGCCGCGGGAGCAUUUUCACCUUUCGCCGGCGAGACCUGGGUUCCGAAACAGAUUUUGCAGAUGAUGAAAACAGCACAGCGGGGGAGAGCGAGAGCCACCACACAUCACUGCUGGUGCCCUGGCCCCUGCGCCGGACCAGUGCCCAGGGACAGCCCAGUCCUGGAACCUCGACUCCUGGCCACGCCCUCAAUGGCAAAAAGAACAGCACUGUGGACUGCAAUGGAGUGGUCUCCUUACUGGGGGCAGGUGACCCGGAGGCCACAUCCCCAGGAAGCCACCUCCUCCGCCCUGUGAUGCUAGAGCACCCACCAGACACGACCACACCAUCGGAGGAGCUAGGCGGGCCCCAGAUGCUGACCCCCCAGGUUCCAUGUAUAGAUGGCUUCGAGGAGCCAGGAGCACGGCAGCGGGCUCUCAGCGCAGUCAGUGUCCUCACCAGCGCACUGGAAGAGUUAGAGGAGUCUCGCCGCAAGUGUCCACCAUGCUGGAACCGCCUCGCCCAGCGCUACCUGAUCUGGGAGUGCUGCCCACUGUGGAUGUCCAUCAAGCAGGGAGUGAAGUUGGUGGUCAUGGACCCGUUUGCUGACCUCACCAUCACUAUGUGCAUCGUGCUCAACACACUCUUCAUGGCGCUGGAGCACUACAACAUGACAAGUGAAUUCGAGGAGAUGCUGCAGGUCGGAAACCUGGUCUUCACAGGGAUUUUCACAGCAGAGAUGACCUUCAAGAUCAUUGCCCUCGACCCCUACUACUACUUCCAACAGGGCUGGAACAUCUUCGACAGCAUCAUCGUCAUCCUUAGCCUCAUGGAGCUGGGCCUGUCCCGCAUGAGCAACUUGUCGGUGCUGCGCUCCUUCCGCCUGCUGCGGGUCUUCAAGCUGGCCAAAUCGUGGCCCACCCUGAACACACUCAUCAAGAUCAUCGGAAACUCAGUGGGGGCACUGGGGAACCUGACGCUGGUGCUAGCCAUCAUCGUGUUCAUCUUUGCUGUGGUGGGCAUGCAACUUUUUGGCAAGAACUACUCAGAGCUGAGGGACAGCGACUCAGGCCUGCUGCCUCGCUGGCACAUGAUGGACUUCUUCCAUGCCUUCCUCAUCAUCUUCCGCAUCCUCUGUGGAGAGUGGAUCGAGACCAUGUGGGACUGCAUGGAGGUGUCUGGGCAGUCAUUGUGCCUGCUGGUAUUCUUGCUUGUUAUGGUCAUUGGCAACCUUGUGGUCCUGAAUCUCUUCCUGGCCUUGCUGCUCAGCUCCUUCAGUGCAGACAACCUCACAGCCCCUGAUGAGGACAGAGAGAUGAACAACCUCCAGCUGGCCCUGGCCCGCAUCCAGCGGGGCCUGCGCUUUGUCAAGCGGACCACCUGGGACUUCUGCUGUGGGCUCCUGCGGCAGCGGCCUCAAAAGCCCGCAGCCCUUGCCGCCCAGGGCCAGCUGCCCAGCUGCAUUGCCACCCCCUACCCCCCACCACCCCCAGAGACAGAGAAGGUGCCUCCCACCCGCAAGGAAACACGGUUUGAGGAAGGCGAGCAGCCAGGUCAGGGCACCCCCAGGGAUCCAGAGCCUGUGUGUGUGCCCAUCGCUGUGGCGGAGUCAGACACAGAUGACCAGGAAGAGGAUGAGGAGAACAGCCUGGACACAGAGGAGGAGUCCAGCAAGCAGCAGGAAUCCCAGCCUGUGUCCGCUGGCCCAGAGGCCCCUCCAGAUUCCAGGACCUGGAGCCAGGUGUCAGCGACUGCCUCCUCCGAGGCCGAGGCCAGUGUAUCUCAGGCUGACUGGCAGCAGCAGCAGCGGAAAGCGGAACCCCAGGCCCCAGGGUGUGGUGAGACCCAAGAGGACAGUGGCUCCGAGGGCAGCACAGCAGACAUGACCAACACCGCUGAGCUCCUGGAGCAGAUCCCUGACCUGGGCCAGGAUGUCAAGGAUCCAGAGGACUGCUUCACCGAAGGCUGUGUCCGGCGCUGUCCCUGCUGUGCGGUGGACACCUCGCAGGCCCCAGGGAAGGUCUGGUGGCGGUUGCGCAAGACCUGCUACCACAUCGUGGAGCACAGCUGGUUCGAGACAUUCAUCAUCUUCAUGAUCCUGCUCAGCAGUGGAGCGCUGGCCUUCGAGGACAUCUACCUGGAGGAGCGGAAGACCAUCAAGGUUCUGCUUGAGUAUGCCGACAAGAUGUUCACCUAUGUCUUCGUGCUGGAGAUGCUGCUUAAGUGGGUGGCCUACGGCUUCAAGAAGUACUUCACCAAUGCCUGGUGCUGGCUCGACUUCCUAAUCGUGGAUGUCUCUCUGGUCAGCCUGGUGGCCAACACCCUGGGCUUUGCCGAGAUGGGCCCCAUCAAGUCACUGCGGACGCUGCGUGCACUCCGCCCCCUGAGAGCUCUGUCACGAUUUGAGGGCAUGAGGGUGGUGGUCAAUGCCCUGGUGGGCGCCAUCCCGUCCAUCAUGAACGUCCUCCUCGUCUGCCUCAUCUUCUGGCUCAUCUUCAGCAUCAUGGGCGUGAACCUCUUCGCGGGGAAGUUUGGGAGGUGCAUCAACCAGACAGAGGGAGACUUGCCUUUGAACUACACCAUUGUGAACAACAAGAGCCAGUGUGAGUCCCUGAACAUGACCGGAGAAUUAUACUGGACCAAGGUGAAAGUCAACUUUGACAACGUGGGGGCCGGGUACCUGGCCCUUCUGCAGGUGGCAACAUUUAAAGGCUGGAUGGACAUUAUGUAUGCAGCUGUGGACUCCAGGGGGUAUGAAGAGCAGCCCCAGUGGGAAUACAACCUCUACAUGUACAUCUAUUUUGUCAUUUUCAUCAUCUUCGGGUCUUUCUUCACCCUGAACCUCUUUAUCGGUGUCAUCAUUGACAACUUCAACCAACAGAAGAAAAAGUUAGGGGGCCAGGACAUCUUCAUGACAGAGGAGCAGAAGAAGUACUACAAUGCCAUGAAGAAGCUGGGCUCCAAGAAGCCCCAGAAGCCCAUCCCACGGCCCUUGAACAAGUACCAGGGCUUCAUAUUCGACAUUGUGACCAAGCAGGCCUUUGAUGUCACCAUCAUGUUUCUGAUCUGCUUGAAUAUGGUGACCAUGAUGGUGGAGACAGAUGACCAAAGUCCUGAGAAAAUCAACAUCUUGGCCAAGAUCAACCUGCUCUUUGUGGCCAUCUUCACAGGCGAGUGUAUUGUCAAGCUGGCUGCCCUGCGCCACUAUUACUUCACCAACAGCUGGAAUAUCUUCGACUUCGUGGUUGUCAUCCUCUCCAUCGUGGGCACUGUGCUCUCGGACAUCAUCCAGAAGUACUUCUUCUCCCCGACGCUCUUCCGAGUCAUCCGCCUGGCCCGAAUCGGCCGCAUCCUCAGACUCAUCCGAGGGGCCAAGGGGAUCCGCACACUGCUCUUUGCCCUCAUGAUGUCCCUGCCUGCACUCUUCAACAUCGGGCUGCUGCUCUUCCUCGUCAUGUUCAUCUACUCCAUCUUUGGCAUGGCCAACUUCGCUUAUGUCAAGUGGGAGGCUGGCAUCGACGACAUGUUCAACUUCCAGACCUUCGCCAACAGCAUGCUCUGCCUCUUCCAGAUCACCACGUCAGCCGGCUGGGAUGGCCUCCUCAGCCCCAUCCUCAACACGGGGCCCCCCUACUGUGACCCCACUCUGCCAAACAGCAAUGGCUCUCGGGGGGACUGUGGGAGCCCAGCUGUGGGCAUCCUCUUCUUCACCACCUACAUCAUCAUCUCCUUCCUCAUCGUGGUCAACAUGUACAUUGCCAUCAUCCUGGAGAACUUCAGCGUGGCCACGGAGGAGAGCACCGAGCCCCUGAGUGAGGACGACUUCGACAUGUUCUAUGAGAUCUGGGAGAAGUUUGACCCAGAGGCCACUCAGUUUAUUGAGUAUUCGGUCCUGUCUGACUUUGCCGAUGCCUUGUCUGAGCCACUACGUAUCGCCAAGCCCAACCAGAUGAGCCUUAUCAACAUGGACCUGCCCAUGGUGAGUGGGGACCGCAUCCAUUGCAUGGACAUCCUCUUUGCCUUUACCAAAAGGGUUCUGGGGGAGUCUGGGGAGAUGGACGCCCUGAAGAUCCAGAUGGAGGAGAAGUUCAUGGCAGCCAACCCAUCCAAGAUCUCCUAUGAGCCCAUCACCACCACACUCCGGCGCAAGCACGAGGAGGUGUCAGCCAUGGUUAUCCAGAGGGCCUUCCGCAGGCACCUGCUGCAACGCUCUGUGAAGCAUGCCUCCUUCCUCUUCCGUCAGCAGACGGGCAGCAGCCUCUCCGAAGAGGAUGCCCCUGAGCGAGAGGGCCUCAUCGCCUAUGUGAUGAAUGAGAACUUCUCCCAGCCCCUUGGCCCAGCCUCCAGCUCCUCCAUCUCCUCCACUUCCUUCCCACCCUCCUAUGACAGUGUCACUAGAGCCACCAGUGAUAACAUCCAGGUGCCGGGUUCUGACUACAGCCACAGCGAAGAUGUCGCCGACUUCCCCCCGUCUCCAGACAGGGACCGUGAGUCCAUCGUGUGAGCCUCGGCCUGGACACAUCAUGUGAGCUGGCCAGGACACACCAAAAAGUAGCCUUUUGCACCGCGGCAAACCCAAAUGCAGUCAGUCACAAACAGCCUGGGGCCUUCCUGGCUUUGGGAGUAAGAAAUGGGCCUCAGCCCCGUGGAUCAACCAGGCAGAGUUCUGUGGUGCUGCGUGGACAGCCGGAGCAGUUGGCCUGUGCCUGGAGGCCUCAGACAGACCUGUGACCUGGUCUGGUCAGGCAAUGCCCUGGGGCUCUGGACAGCAACUUCAUCCCAGCUGCUGAGACGAAAUAUAAAAUUGAGACUGUAUAUGUUGUGAAUGGGCUUUCAUAAAUUUAUUAUAUUUGAUAUUUUUUUACUUGAGCAAAGAGCUAAAGAUUUUUCCAUGGACAUGGGCAGCAAUUCACGCUGUCUCUUCUUAACCCUGAACAAGAGCGUCUGUGGAGCAGCCGGAACUCUGUUCUCAAAGCAGAAGUGGAAUCCAGUGUGGCUCCCACAGGUCUUCAUUGCCCAGGGGUCGAAUGAGGUCCCCCUCCCACUUGACCUGAGAUGCUGGGAGGGCUGAACCCCCCACUCACACAAGCACACACACACAGUCCUCACACAUGGAGGCCAGACACAGGCCAUGGGACCCAGACUCCCACUCUAAGGGAGACAGGCCUUUCCCUGCCGGCCCCCCCAAGGAUGGGGCUCUUGUCCGCGGGGCUCACUCUGGCUUUCUGUUGUCUCCAAGGUCCCAUUUUCCCCCUGCGUUUUCACGCAGGUCAUAUUGUCAGUCCUACAAAAAUAAAAGGCUUCCAGAGGAGAGUGGCCUGGGUCCCAGGGCUGGCCCUAGGCACUGAUAGUUGCCUUUUCUUCCCCUCCCAUAAGAGUAUUAACCAUAAAACCAAAGGGCACAAGGGUGCCAGCCCCACUCACGGCCUGGCAUACAGCUUGUCCUUGCUCCUGGAACCUGGCGGGCCCUGCCCAACAGGCCAAGGGAAGAGAAGGCUGAGCCAUGUGGGUUUGGGGCUAAGAAGUUCACCGGCCCUGAGCCAUGGUGGCCCCUCAGCCUACCUGAAGAGAGAAAAUUGGCCAUCUCCCAGGGUUCUCUGGACCAUGUGCGGAGGAGUUUUCUGUGUGGUCCCCAGCUCCCCUCCAGACACAGAGACAUGGGAGUGGGGAGGGGAGCUUGGCCCUGUGCCCUCUGCAGGGAAAGGGAUGGUCAGGCCCAGUUCUUGUGCCCUGAGAGGGGAAUGAACCAUGGCUCCUCUGAGAGAGGGGGCACUGUGGUCAGGCCCAGCCUCUCUGGCUCAGCCCGGGAUCCUGAUGGCACCCACACACAGGACCUAUUUGGGACAAGGUCCAGGUGGUCCUAUAGGUCUUGUGAAAAGGCUUUUUCAGGGAAAAAUAUUUUACUAGUCCAAUCACCCCAGGACCUCUUCAGCUGCUGACAAUCCUAUUUAGCAUAUGCAAAUCUUUUAACAUAGAGAACUGUCACCCUGGGGUGACAGGGUCAACUGGUGGAGCCUGAGCAGGCAGGGGCUUGGCUGCCCCAUUCCAGCUCUCCCACAGAGCCCCUCCAUCAGGCGCAUGCCUCCCAGGCCACCUCAGUCUCACCUGCCCGCUCUGGGCUGGCUGCUCCUAACCUACCUCGCCGAGCUGUCGGAGGGCUGGACAUUUGUGGCAGUGCUGAAGGGGGGCAUUGCCGGCGAGUAAAGUAUUAUGUUUCUUCUUGUCACCCCAGUUCCCUUGGUGGCAACCCCAGACCUGACCCAUGCCCCCGACAGAUCUAGUUCUCUUCUCCUGUAUUCCCUUUGAGUCCAGUGUGGGGCAUGGUUUAACUGUCCCAGCGACGUUUCUCCAAGUGGAAAUCCUAUUUUUGUAGAUCUCUGUGCUUUGCUCUCAAGGUUUGGAGAGGUGUGUGCCCCUGCUGGGCGCUCACUGCCCGCUGCACAGGCAAGAAUGCGGUUGGGAGGCAGGCCAGGCUGCCAGCCCAGCUGGCCGGAAGGAGACUGUGGUUUUAUGUGUGUGGACAGCCCGUGAGCCUUGAGACAGGUGCCUGGGGCUGGCUGCAGACGGUGUGGCUGGGGGCAGGGGUGAGCCGGACCCAACCCUUAGCUUUUAGCCUGGCUGUCACUUUUUUGAUUUCCAGAACUGCACGAUGAUCAGCAGGAGGGGAAAAGAGAGUAGGAAAAAGGAGGGAAAGACAGACAUCAAGUGCCAGAUAUUGUCUGAAUUAAUAGAGCACUUCUCACCAAACUUCAUGUAUAAAUAAAAUACAUAUUUUUAAAAUAAACCAAUAAAUGGCUUACAUGA